AUGAAAAGCUCAUUUAAAAUCCCCAUCAGCUUACUGCUACUAGCCAUUGGUGUCAUUGCCUCACCGUUGAGUAUAGGAAUCGAUGCAUUGGUUACCAGACCUCAGAACCUAACAGCAAAUGAGAUCUGUUUCCUUUUUGAGUAUGGAACGGUCUAUGGUGAGCCUGGUUGGUUUAGAUUCUCUAUAAUGAGUAUUCAGGGCGAGAAACAGACUUUGCUGAGGUAUGACAAGAGUGAUGCUUUCCAAGAGGUUUUUGUUAAUCACGUUGAUAGAGAGCUUUUAAUUAUAAAUGGAUAUGAUCAAGACAAGGAUUAUUGUUCCACUGAGCGAACUGCUUCUUUCUUUCGCCUGGUUAAAAAAUCACUCGAGGGAACACUCCGUAUGAGAUCUGGUCCUGGAUGUCGUUCUUGUCGCAAGAAAGAGCCCAUUGAGCAACUCUUUGAAUUGUUUUGUUAUAACAACGUCUAUUAA